UAUAGGAGAUUCUACGUGUAACGUGAUGAGAGGAUUGGAUGGUAGAGAAGAGAAGUUAUAGGGUGAGGAGCAGAGCUGAAGAUAAAUGACGGGAGGCAAUCAUAUUUUGCUAGCAAAACGGCAACGAUCGGGGGCGCAGCAUCAAUACAAAAGCGUAGAUAAACUCUCCAAGAUCUUCUUCUCGGAUUGAAUCACGUUGAAGGCAGGACUCUAUUUGUAACUGAAAAGCUCAGAGAUCAGGACUUUGAAGUUCUGAUAUUUACGUAAUGCUAAAGAUUCUGGUUGUGCGAGAAUCGGAAUUGCAAGAGAGCCAGUGGGAGAAAGAGAGAUAAAUAAUAAUAAUAACAAUAUCAAAUAGGUGAAAUUUUGCUAAAGAUUUUGGAGGGUUUUAAGGGUUUGAUUUGAAUUUGGAUUUAGCGAUUUUGAUUCUUUGUUUUGUAAGGUAACAGAUGGCUGCCGGAACUACGACGGUGUUGAAAGAUGCUUCUAAGGCGGCGGCAGGAGAUGUUGAGUUUGUUAAAUGUGAUUGCUGUGGUUUGACGGAGGAAUGCACUGUGGCUUACAUUAUUCGUGUGCGCGAGAGGUAUGGUGGUCGCUGGAUUUGUGGCCUCUGCAGUGAAGCUGUGAAGGACGAGACUCGUCGAUCCAAGAGAGAUAUUGACACCGACGAAGCAUUAGAACGGCACAUCAAGUUUUGUCAGCAAUUUAGAUCUUCAUCACCACCAACCAAUCCCUCUGAAGAUUUGAUUUCUGCCGUGAAAACUCUCCUUCGCCGAAGUUUGAACUCACCAAGGAAGAAGAAGGGAUCAGUGUUUCCAUCGUCGUCGUAGCAACAUUUUCAGCAGUAAAUUUUGAGCUGGAGGUAUGCAAUGAAACACACUGAUCAUCAAAUCGAAGUCACUCUAGUUAGCAAAUCUAAUUUAAUUAGUUUAGUCCUUAGUUUAUUAUAUUAAAAUUGAUGGAAAGAACAAACUUUCCUAGACUGCAAUAAAUUUAUUUCAGCGUCAAUUUUAGCAGAAAUCCUUUUAGCUUACAAGGAUUUUCUGGCCAAAAGCAGAGAAUUUUCCUUUACUUUCCCUUUAAAGCAUUCUGCAUGAAGAAUAUAUUUUGGGUGCAAGAAGAGAGCUUAAUGCUUGAAUGAUGAAUCUGGUUUGUACUGUUUCAUUGCUUUGGCUGAUAGCUGGACAGAAACUGAGCUCUGAGAGAGACCAAUCGGUCCUGUAAAAAUAUCCAAGGGGACAGUGGGGUAGAGGCUCUGAUAGGUAGGACCCAUUUGUGUGUACAUACUCGUGUGGUAGAUGUUGGUUGCACUUUUGGUCCAGAGGAGUCAUGCUACUAAAAAGCUUUAAUUAUUUUAUCAGAUCAUCACCAUACUAAGAGCCAGCGUCUGCUCUAGCUAGUUGAGCAGUAGAAGAACAUCUGAUCAAUUAUUUAAUCUUUUUUUCUUUAAAUUGAACUUUUGUUUAAUGUUUUAGUCCAACAGGAUAAUCCUUGAUCACUCAGUGAUAGAGAUAUUCUGGAAGUGAUUUUAUAGCCUAAUUUAAUAGGCACCAAUGCAAUGCAUGUCUCUUUUGAAUCCAUUCUCUCUUUUUUUUUUAAUCAAUAGUGCCACUAAUAAUUAUCUACGAGCUAGAGUUUUUAUAACACUGGACUUCUAGAUGCAUUUAUUAGAUGAAAGAUCAACGCGGAUUUCUGCAUAUUUUUUCUUUUAUUAAAAG